AUGAAUAGUCCAUCAGCAUUACCACCUCUGUUUGAUCCAAAUAAGACUUUUCUACCAUUUUGGCGUCAAGCAUAUCAAUGGCUCAAUCAAUGUCAUGUAUUAGCGCCUGAAGCUAAUCGUAUUCUAAGUUUACCAGCCAGUACAAUUGAAGAUCUAGCAGUUAUCCUAACUGAUGGUAUUGUUUUAUGUAAUUUACUGAAUUAUUUAGUGCCUGGAGUAAUAAAUUAUACAGAUGUUUCAUUUCGACCACAAAAAAGUCGAUUUCUAUGUUUACAAAAUAUUCGCCUAUUUUUGGAUACAUGCAGACGUGAAUUAAAUUUUCGUGAUCGAGAUCUUUUCGAUCCGUAUAUGUUAUUUGAUAAAUAUGAUUUAGAUAAAAUUAUUGAGACACUGUCGAAAAUAUCUCGAUUAGAUAUAGCUAAACGAAAAAAUUUAACACCAUUUCCAAUAAAUAGCCCAGUGAAUUAUGCUAAUGUUGCAAAAGAGGAUGCUAAUGGAAUGUUACCAACUGUUCGUUCACUUGAUGAAACAGUACCAACACAAGAUACUCCUAUGAUGAAUAAUGAUGAUGAUGAUGAUUCUCGAGCACUUCUAUAUUAUGCAUCACCUGAAACAAUUGUUUCGCCAACAGGACAAAAUGAUCUCUAUGGACGUAUCAUUGAGAAAAAGAGGGUUGGUUCCUUAAAAAAAUUAUGCUUUGCCUUUUUAGUGCUUCUUUUUGUACCUACACGCACUCUUUGCUUUUUGUAUUUGCUUGUUGCUCUUGCUACUUUCUGCACCCUAUUUUAUUUUUUUGUUAGACCACCUAAAUUACAACGUCAGUCAUCUUUAUGUCAUUCAUGUCGUUAUGCACGCAUCCACCAUGUACCUUCAUUUCAUACAACUAAUCUAUCCCCAACAACAAAACAAGAAUCAUCAUUUAUAAAAACCACAAGUUCAACAAAUUUAACUGAAGCACUUUCAUCAGCGUCACUUGUUGCUGCUAAUGCUGCAUCAACACUUUCGUCAGCAGCAGCAACAACAGAUAAAAAUUCUACUGAUUUAAUAACAUUAACAAAUCGUCGUUUAUCAACAUCAUCUCUUCCAUUUUCAAUAUUAAAUGGUGAUUCAGGUGUUUAUGGUUCACAUAUAAGUAUUGCCGAUGAUGUUUAUGAACAAUUAUGUGAAAAACAAAAAAGACCUGACAAUCAUAAAGCAUUUCUGCCACGUGAUCAUUGUGUAAAAGAAUUGCUUGAUACAGAAUUAAAUUAUCGUGACUCUUUGUAUCAAAUAGUGACACAUUUUAUCGAACCACUACCAUUAAAAAUAGAGGAAAAAAAGAACAUUUUUUUAAAUAUUUCUGAUAUCUAUGCGUUACAUUCAGAAUUCUAUGAAGAUUUACGCGCAGCUGGACGAAAUGAAAAAGGUCGUACAUCCCGUAUUGUAGAUUUAUUUACAAAAUGGCAAGAUCGAUUUCUUAUUUAUGCAAAAUAUUGUUCUGAAUUGCCUGAUGCUCAAGAAUUUCUCGAUAGAAAAAUCAAACAAGAUAGUAGUUUUGCUCAAAAACUUGAACAAUGUCGUCUAUCCGCAGGCGAACUUGGUAAAUUUCAAUUACGUGAUACAGUUGUUUUACCGUUUCAACGCAUUGUUAAAUAUUCAUUAUUAUUACACACAAUGAAAAAGAAUGUCCCCACAACAGAUCUAAAUGGUGAUACAAAACGACAAAUAUUAGAAAAAGCCGAACAAUUAAUGAUUGAUGUUAAUCAAUAUAUAAACGAAUCAAAGCGUGCACAUGAUAAUUUAAAAGUUAUUAAUAAUAUAGAAAAAAGAAUCUGUGAUAUCAAACUACCAUCAGAUAGAUGUUUACGUAGUUAUGGUAGAUUUAUAGCUGAUGAACAAUUUGCUGUUAGUGAUGAUGGACAUCGAAGUGCAACAAGAACUGUGUUUCUUUUCGAUCGUGUUCUGUUAAUAUGCAAAGUUAAAGGUUCAGAAAAAUAUACGUUUCGUGCAGCUCUAUUUAUUCAAGGAUGUCAAAUAGAAGAAUUAAAAACUGCAAAACGCGAGUUUCCAUUUAUUUUACGUGAUAAUAUGAAGCAUGAAUAUAGAUUUGUUGCGAAGACUGAAGAGAAACGCGCAUAUUGGCUCAAACAUUUACGAGAUGCUAUUGAUCGAUGCUCGAAUCCCGAGUUAUUUGAAAAUGGACAUUAUUUUCAAAUGAAAUCUUUUGAUGAAAUAAACCCACGUUGCGAUCUAUGUAAUCGAUAUUUAUGUGGAAUAUUUUAUCAAGGUUAUGAAUGUUCAAGAUGCCAAAAGAAACUCCACCGAGAAUGUAUAAAGAAAUUGGGAUCCUGUUUUCAUCGAGCUUCACUUGAACGUAUUCGAAGUUUUGAUCGAGGUUCAAUUGAACUACCCCGUGCAUUUAGUAGUGCAUCUAAUGUUAAUAAUCACAAUCGAGUUUAUGCUUUAUAUGAUUAUGAUGGUUCAAUAAACAAUAAUAAUAAUAAUAAUAAUAAGUCUAACGUCAAUCGAUGUGAUGAUCGACAUAUUAAAGUUAAUGAAGGUGAUGAACUUGAAAUAAUUGAAGAUGAUGAUGAACAUAUGUGGAAAGUGAAAAAUCUGCGAUCAAAUGAAAUUGGUCUUAUUCCCGCAACACUAGUUGGUGCAAUUGAUGGUGAUUUGCCAAAAACAAAUCAACGUCAAUCAACGACUCUCGCUGAAACAUCAUCAUUGCGUUCGAAUAUAUCAUCAACGCUUGCACAUCACUUUCCCUUUAUUCGUUCGCUUGUCCAAGCCUAUAGUCCACCUACAUCAAAGCGUACACCAUAUGGAAAUACAUAUUCAAAUCCGCCAUCAACAAAUAAUAAUACUAUACCUAUUCAACGUUCAAAAUCUAUUUCGUCAGCAAUAACACCUGAAAAUAUUUCAUAUAAACAUCGAACUUUACAGUUAUCAUCUUCGUUUGAUAAUAAACAUUUAUCACCGACAUUUGUUCCAAUCUUAUCGAAUAAUGGUCUAUACGAUUGGUAUCUUGAUAUCAGUCGACAUCAAGCAGAAGAUAUAUUAAGAAACGAAGCUGUGCCAAAUAAUACAUUUCUUGUGCGAAAACAAGGAAAAAAUGAAGGACACGCUAUAUCGAUAAAACAUAAUGAUGAAGUCUAUCAUAUUCGAAUAUAUACUCAAGAAAUUGAUGGCUCUGUUAAACAUUAUCUAGUUGAUAGUCUGCUGUUUGACAGUUUACAAUCAUUAGUUCAAUAUUAUCAAACACAUUCGCUUGAAGAUCGAUUUCCUCCAGUUAAAAGCCCGUUGGUAUAUCCGAUAGCACUUGUAUGUAGUCAUGAUAUGCUACUUCUACCGGGCACUCUGUAA